AUGAAGACAUUAGCGGAUCAGACCAUCUGGCCGGUCUCGCACUUGAGCAGGCCUUCAGCCGGACAGGGAUACGGAGCAGAUGCGGCAAAGGCCCUAUCCUCUCUCUUGUCCUCCCUCCUGCAACCACGUCAUCUCGGUACUACACAAUUGUUGGCCUGUCCCGACGGUAGAAGAGAUAACCGACCGGGCAACCUCGGUACACGCGCCCGGCAAAUGGGCGAGCCAUUCAGAUGGACUCCGCUUGUCCAGAACCCUCCAUGCUUGUCGGCAUGCCUGGUCCGUACG